AUGGGAUUAACAAUGUCAAAACAAGAGACUUCGGCCCCUGAGGCCGAUAGUGUAAUAUCUUCCAAGUUACAUGGAAGACAAGCUAGUAUCAGGCAAAGUGCUAUCAAAGCCAAAGCUAAACAACCCAUGCCAGACCCUGCUGAGCUCGAAAGAAGAUUUACAAAAGUUUUGGAUAAAUUUCAUCCACUAACUUUUGAAUGGUUGAGUAAUAAGGAUGAAGUUGAAUCUUCCCCAAACCAUGCUAAUUGUAGACCACUUACUCCAAAUAAAAAAUUGUAA